AUGCUGCAGCUGACGCGCCACUCCCCGGGGUGCCCCCGCUGCUGCACGCACUGCUCGUGCUGCCGCUGCCCCCUGCUCCCCUGCCUCCAUACACGCAAUCCCGCUUCCGCUGCCCUCUCUCCCCCUGCACCGCCCCUUGCUCCCCCCCACCUUGCUGGCCGCCCGAAGCCCACCCUGCCCCGCCCUGCGCUCUGUCUAUACGACCCCACCGCCCCUCCCUCCCCCUCUGCCUCCGCCCCUGUGGGCGCUGAUUUCUGGAUGCGUUUCCUGGGUCAUCACCACCAGCAGCAGCACCAGCAGCAGCAGCAGCAGCAGCAGCAGCACCAGCAGCAGCAGCAGCAGCAGCAGCAGCAGCACCACCACCACCAGCAGCAGCAGCAGCAGCAGCAGCACCACCACCAGCAGCAGCAGCAGCACCACCACCAGCAGCAGCACCACCACCAGCAGCAGCAGCACCAGCACCAACCCCUGCGGACCCCUGUCCAGACGUGCGGGGUGAGCAUCGGCUGCCACCUCCACCCGCCUCCGCUGCCGCCACUGUCGUUGCUCUCGUCGCUCGCGCGCUCACCUCCACCUGCGCGUGUGAUGCAGCCUCUGGGGAGGCGGCUGCUGGCGGCACUGGCGGAUGGUGAGACGGGCGCGCACAAGGGGCGCUCGCCGCGGGGAGGAAGGGGGAGUUUGCGACGGGAGGGGCGGAGCCAACAGGAGGAGCGCAGAACCCCACGACGGCGCAAGGGGCGCGGAUGGUGUGCUGCAGCAUGUACGGGUGAAAGGAACCGGGGGGCGUGGGGACCAAGGGGAAACGCAUGUCUGGGGGAAUUUGCGGAAAGGGCGCGGGGUAGUAGGGUACGGGAUGCGCGGCAGUGGCGCGGAAAGUGA